AUGAUCAGCCAGCCCACGGCUGCCUAUGGAGGCAACAACAAGAGCACCACGCGCCUGGAUGAUGAACCAGUCGGACGUCGACCGAGCUUUGCGGCUCUCGUGGCCAAGCUCAUCUUUCGACGCGGCCGAUCCUCUGCAGAAUUGCGGGCCAAAUCCUGGCCAGGACGUGAAGAAUCUGUCCCAGUUACUGUGCCUGGGUCUGUAGCCAUUCCGACGACCCCUGCUCGGCUGCCAAGUGCCAGCAUCGUUAUCCCCAACAGCAUCAGCUCGUCAACACCGGCCUCCUUGCUACGCACUCGAUCUAUGCGCAUACCCAAGCGACCAAGAAUCCACACCAGCUGCAGUGAAGCCGCGUGGCGGCACCGACAAGCUCACUGCGCGAACUGCGAGCGGUUGUUCUCCAAGUCGAUGUCGUCUCUCGUGAGCAGCGCUGGUCGAUUCUGUUCGUUGGACUGCAAGGCCAACUUUGAGUACGUGAGCGUCCUCCAGGAGGCGAUGGACGUGGAAUUCGACAGCAUCAGCAGCGGGUUGCUCGGUUCGAGCAUGGAAGGAGACAACGCCAACUAG